GGGUCAGGUCCCUCCACCACCCAAAUUACGAAAACACGUCUCGGUCUUCAGCGACUUUGGCAAUUCACAGUUACAGGUUCGAGACAUCAGCCCUCGCCCGUCCCCCAGCUCGGAGGGUAGGAGAAAGACGUGACAGCACCCACAGUGGCCACCGGUGACGCCUUGGUGGGGCGCUCCGUCCACACUGGGUGCUGAGGGGCUCCUCCCCACAGCUCGGGGCCGCAAGAGCUGUAUUGAUACCCAUUUCGCAGCUGCGGAAUCGAGGCCAAGGGCCGGUGAGAAACAGUUCGCCGUGGACCGAGUCCUCGCCUUGCUGGCCACUGUCUUUGCGCCUGGCACACCGCGAGGACAGAGCGGCGGGGGCUGGGGCCUCUGCCUACGGUUGCACCGCUUUCCUUCACUACAAGGGCUAGAAGAGAAAGAGGCAAACAAGGAAAACAAAAGUGAAAACCAUUUCUCCGUAAGCCCUGCUCUUGUGGGAAGUGUUUCAGUUUGUGCCAUUUCUGUGCCCACGAAGCUGGAUCCAAGUUCUCAGCUGACUCAGAAGAGGCCAAGUAGAGCCUGGGGCUUUCCCCCGAAGGAGGGGAGAUCUGCUGGAAAACCAGCAGAACCUGCUGGAGACUCUGCGCUGCACGUCAGUCCCCCCGCAGCACCCCGCCAGACCAGAGGCCCCGGAGAGGUUAAAACAAUAUCUCUUCCCAGCCAGACUCCCUGUUCUUCUGAUAUGGAAAAGAGCAGAGACGCCCUUCUGAGCUUCACAGUAGCAGAGAUCCUUGAAAUCUGCCAAGGUGUGCAAGCAGAACAUCGUGUGACCCCCGAGCACGCCUCUAAUCCUCCCAUGGACCGAAAGAGCUCAACUUUGGGGUGGCAGGAGCCUCUGGACGACGAGGCAGGGACGGAAUGCCCUAGGGACCAGGACGACAUUCUUCUGUGUGAAGGUGUGUGGCAACAAGAUAAGGACCUGUCGGCUGAAGAAACAAUAUUUUUGAAGGAGUUUCCCAUCUUCAAAGAGGAGCUAGAAGUGGAAAUUAGAGAGCUCCAUGCCCUUGCAGAUGACAUCGACACAGCCCACAGAACAAUCACCAAGGCCAACAUGGUGGCCAUCUCCAUCACUGUGGUCUCAGACGCCAUGAGCAUCCUGGGUCUGGUCCUCACGCCAGCAACAAUAGGAGGAAGUCUCAUGCUCUCUGCCGCUGGUAAAGCUCUGGGGACAGCAGCCGGCCUCACCAGCAUCUUCACCGAUGUUAUGGAACACUUCCAGAAUCAAGAAGCUCAAACCCGGGCCAGCAGCCUAGUGUUCACCUGUGACCACGAGGUCAAGGAGGCUCAGGGAAAGGUCUUCCAUGCCAUGAGUGUCGGAAAGAAGGCCUUCAAUUGCAGAAGUAACAUCAGGAAUGUCAAGAGGAACAUACGUGCCUUUCAGGCGGCCAGAGCCCACCCACGCCUGGCCACUGCCGCCAAGCGUCUCCUGACCACCCGCCAACUCUCGGCCCGAAGGAGCAGGCAGGUGCAAAGGGUCUUUAAGGGCACAGGGGUGCUGUUAAAGAAAAGUGCUCGUGUGCUGUAUGGUGCUGUGACUGGCUUCUCCCUCUGCCAGGACAUGGUCACCCUCCUGAGCGACUGGAGGCAACUGAAGGAAGGAGCAAGAACCAAGAUGGCGGAAGAGCUGAGGGCCCAUGCUUGGGAGCUGGAAGACCAGCUGACAGAACUCACCCAGCUCUACGAGAGCCUUCAGCAGCAGGUGACACUGCCACAUCCCUCGUGGAACCUCUUGCAAGAGAAAAGGCCCAGGAUCUCAGCUUCAGAAGGAGCCGGGGGUCUCUGGCUCCGCCCCCAGGCAGGUGUGGUGACAGAAGAGGAUUAGGGCGGGCUGAGUCCAGGCGCCUCUGAGCAGAAUUAAAGGGGACAGGGUAGGGGCAGGCUGGAUUGGCAGAGGCGAUGCCUGAAGACUUAGCCACCAGGAGGUCAAACUGUGGCCUGAGGGCGCCGUCAGUGAGUGAUUGUGGCGAGGUCCGCCUGUCCUGCCUGUCUUCACUGUCCCCCAUCCCUUCGCUCGGGCGCUACCUCAUUCCCGCUGCUUCUCCUGUGUCCCACUCCCUCACGUGCACACAGUAGGUCUGCAUGAAGCAUGUAGCGAUUCGUGUGGGCUCUAUAUCCCACGCAGAGGACAGGACAAGAGGGUCCCUGAGGUGAGGGACAC